AUGAUGAAGAAAAAGGGAGGGUCAUGCUGGAGAAAAUACAAUAGAACUUCAAGAGACAAAGCACAACCACUAUGCUAUAAAUGUAAGAAACCAAGACAUUACAAAACAGAAUGUCCAGAACUAGAAAAAGAAAAGGAGAAAGAAAAGAAGAAGUCAACUCUCUACGAGAAGAAGAAGGCCAUGAUGGCCACCUGGGAAGACCUGGACACGACAUCAUCUGAGGAUGAUGAACAAGCAAACAUAUGUCUCAUGGUAGAUACAGAUUCAUCAUCAAAAUCUAGUGAUGAAGAGGUUAGUAAAUAUGAUUUUAAAGAUCUUCAGCAUGCAUAUAAUCAACUUCUAAUCAAUUUAGUAAAGAUCUCUACAGCAUACAGAGAACAGAAGAAAAGAAUUUCUGAAAUGCUUGAAGAAAAUGAAUUAUUAAAAUCAGAUUUAUCAAAGUUCACCCUAGGAACUACGAAUCUUGAAAAUCUUUUGAAAUACUCUAGGAGUAAAAAUGAUAAGUUUGGAUUAGCAUAUGUUGAUUCUGAAUUAGAAAAUAAACCAAGUACAUCUGCAUAUCCUACUUAUGGGAAGUAUGGGCAUUUCACGCCUAAGUGCAGUCACAUGCACAAGAAGGGGUAUUCCAAAAUCUCAAACGCCAACAUUUAUGGACCCAAAUCCAUUUGGGUACCAAAGACUGAAAUAAUACAUGUUGUAGAUCUAUUUAACAAGAAGCGAAAAUGUCCAGUCAUAGUACUUAGACAGUGGCUGCUUGCUACACAUGACGGGCGAAAGGUCUAUGUCCUAGACCUUAGGUCCAAGAAAGGAGGCCUAGUCACAUUUGGCGGAGGAUAG